ACUGUCAGCCGGCCCUGCCUGCUGCGGGCAAAAUACCUUCUGGUCUUGGUUCUGACUCCUCAGUCCUUAGGCAAGGAGGAGGCCUCUGCGGAUCAUGGCCACUACUUUUGCCCCCAAGCUCAGCCCAAUCCUGAUGACCCCAGACCCACACUACAUCCCUGGCUACUGUGGCUAUUGCCCCCGUUACAAGUUUGCACUGGGUCAGACAUACGGGAGACUCACUGGGCAGCUGCUUUCUAAUUCCGAGGGGAUGCACCCUGGACAGCUCCUGCUGCAGCCCAAUGGCUUCUCCCACAGCAAUAAGGAGGAGGAGGAGGAGGAAGAUGAGGAAAGGUCUGGAGGUGGCAGAAGGGCAAAAUGCCAAGCCUUUGAGUACUGCUUUGUCCCAGGAUAUACAGGAUUCAUCCCUCGGGCCCAAAACCACUUUGCCAAGACCUACAGUCGGGUCUGCAAGGAGGCCAGGAAUGAGUUUGCCCGGCAGGUGGCGAAGCAAGUGGGCAUCAAAGCAGCAUGGCAGCGAAUGGAGCCUGAAAGAGAAGGCGGAAGAGGAGGAGGAGGGUCCCCGCAGGAGAACGGCAAGCUGGAGUCUCAACCCCUCCUUACUCGGGCUAAAACUCCACUGAAUGCCCUGGGGAAAGCUGCUACUCCUUAUGUCUCUCGCUGUGCUUUCCAGCCUCAGGGAUCACCCUACUCACUGGAGGACAGCAACCCUCAGAAAUACUUCAUGUCAGGCUUCACAGGUUUUGUCCCCAGGGCCCAAUUCCUGAUAGGAGCCAGCUACCCUGUGAUCACCCACCGGGCGCUGCUAGAGUUUGACCGGAUGCUUCACAAGCCCAGGCCUUUGGGGUCUUCAGGGAGCAGCAGCCAGGAGGGGAAGAGCAGGGGCCAAGCCCUGCCUCCGCUGGCCAUAGUCUUCCCUAAGGACGGGAGCCUCUUGCCCCAUUACAAGGGCUACGUGCCAGGCUACAAGUUCCAGUUUGGGAAGACCUAUGGGCAGCUGACCCGCAACGCUUUGGGCCGGAGCACACUGGAGAAGCAGAUCUUAGGGGUUGUAUAAUAGUGGAGGAUCCUUUCAACACUAACCUCCACUGCACUCUUUGCCUCGCUUGCUUCAUUCUGUAUAUGAAUCAAGAAGGAGAGUCUGACCAGUUGUUAUCUCCCACUCUUGGCUAUCCAGCCAGAGCUCUUUCCAGACCGCUUGCCUCGGCACAUCCUUGAAAACCUCCUCACUCCCUACUUUUUCUUGCUCUUUUUCUCCCUCCCCAACCGCUACAUGUAUCUUUUUUGUCCAGCAAAAGUGGGUUUCUCUUCAUGGAAGCCAUGCCAAAAUAAAACCUGUUAAAGCAUGCAGUCUGGGCCAGAUGGUACUCCAAACCGAUACUGUGUGGCAUUCCUAGAAUCCAAGUAAAAUCUGUCCGAAAAAGGACCAAGCAAUCCUACCUACAUGCACCACAAUUCAAGAGAGAUAUUGACAAGCUGGAAUGUGUCCAGAGGAGGGCGACUAAAAUGAUUAAGGGUCUGGAGAACAAGCCCUAUGAGGAGCAGCUUAAGGAACUGAGCAUGUUUAGCUUGAAGAAGAGAAGGCUGAGAGGAGAUAUGAUAGCCAUGUAUAAAUAUGUGAGAGGAAGCCACAGGGAGGAGGGAGCAAGUUUGUUUUCUGCUUCCCUGGAGACUAGGACACAGAUUAAUGGCUUCAAACUACAAGAGAGGAGAUUCCAUCUGAACAUGAAGAAGAACUUCCUGACUGUGAGAGCCGUUCAGCAGUGGAACUCUCUGCCCCGGAGUGUGGUGGAGGUUCCUUAUUUCAAAGCUUUUAAACAGAGGCUGGAUGGCCAUCUGUCAGGGGUGAUUUGAAUGCAAUAUUCUUGCUUCUUGGCAGGGGGUUGGACUGGAUGGCCCAUGAGGUCUCUUCCAACUCUUUGAUUCUAUGAUUCUGUGCAACCCAGCCCAGCGCUCAGACAAAUCUUACUUUGACACAGAAGCUCAUUUGUGGCAAAGAUUCCCCAUAAACUUGUCCUAUAAAGAAGGAGAACUUUAAAGCAUUUUGGAGGGGGUCGCAAACAUUUGGAAGGUCAAUCAGGCUGUGUUUUCUUCCCCACAGUGAGGAGGUCACAAAUGCCUUGGCCUUUGGCCAUGGAAUGUACCAGCUAGUCUGUCUUCUGGCUUUCUGAUGCUUUUGCCUCAAGGUGUUAUGCUCUUUUAACAAGUGCUUGCUGCUUUUGGCUCAACCUGGGGCUUUAUUAGGGAAAACACCCCAGGUGCGGGCUCUCAGAAAUUGAGAGUUAUGUUGCCAAUCAGUCCCGGAUUAAGAAGCCUGCUGAGUUUACUGAGACACUUGGAAGAAAGUUAUGAGAGCUUGCGGCAUAGAUGGACAGGGGCUGUUUGAGGUGAAGCCAAGCUUCGGAAAAGCAAACACAAAUUGUAAAAAGGACAUGGGUUGCUACCUGUUUCCUUGGCUAAAGAGCUGCAGGGAAGGAGCCUAAAUGAAGAAAACAACUUACUUAACCUAUGUAUAAACCCAGAGCAAGUUUGAGAAGCAACAUUAGGAAUUUGAUACGCACUGUGGAUAAGCCGAGGGUUGUUCUGCAGAAAGGGAAAUGCACCAAUGCCUGCUCAGGGGGACCACUGGCUCUCGCAGCCAUUGCCAUUUCCCCACCCAGGCAUUCAAAGAGGCCAUAAGUGAUACCGGAGAAGAGAGAGGAAUCGGUGUUUCUUUCAGGUUUUUCUGAGAUGAAUGAAACUCUUGCCUUUCGUCACUUAACUCGGAGAAGGGAAUGGUUCCUUUUUUG